AAAUGGAAAAAGUCAUUUACUUGUAAUAAUUUAUUAGAGUGAUUGGUAUAAUCACAUUGGUGAAAGCAACAUUUAGAAUGUAAAAACAAGUAUUGUCUCACAGAUUCGUUUCUGCCGAUUUUUUUUUAUUUACAAAUGUUUGUAAGUUUGCCACCUCUUAUGCGUAUAAAAUGUAAAUUAAUAGGAGGCAUCAUGAACCGUUGUUGACUAAUCGUUUGAACUUUAUCGUAAUACGUUGCUUAUUGAGGAAGUAAGAUAAAAUACCACUUCCUCGGCGGAAAUUCCAGAUUUUUUCAUUCGUUCUAUGAACUGCAUCACUGGUUGUUGAAGUGCCGUAAAAAGUGUUAUUAUUUUAAAAUGAGCGAGAAACUAGCGGCGAAACAUACGAAUUCGUUAGCCCUAACGAAGCAUAAGUUACUGCAGCAAGAGAGUGGAACAAAGAGUUAUUGUUGUCCGUGUACGAGACCUCACAAGCUCGCGCUAUUUUGCAUCGUAUCGUGCUGCAUCUUCCUUUUAUACUGGAUCGUAAUAACGCCUCUGUUAAUCAGUCACCCGGACGUUUUGGGACCCAAACCGUGGUCCAACGUUUGGUUCAUCGCGUACUGGAUAGGGGCAUUUUUAAUCUGGCUCUUUAUUAUGGUUUGCCUGGUGCUGCUGUGGAGGUGCUAUGGUCCUAAACACAGCGAGGAUGUGAAACUGCAAAAGUAUGGCACGAAUGGUACCCCGAAAUCGGUGUCCUUUAACGAGGACGUGAAAUUGGAUAUCAAACAAGAAGAUGGACGUCUGAGCUCUGAAAGCACUGUUGAGAAGAAAGAUAUCUCAAACGAUAAAGUUAAGAAACAUAGAGAUCUCCCGCCUCUGGUGAUACAUCGUCGGAAUUUGGGGAACGAUGCCGAAUGUGCGGGUUCUGUGAAUAUCGAAGAGGACGACGGAGAUGUGCAGUCAAAACGUGGUAGUCAGAAAGAGCAGAGGGAGUCUAUGAAAAGUUACUUGAAACUAGUGACAGUCACACCGCAGGACGAAACAGAUAAAACUCCGAAGGCGUUGCUUUCACCCAGAGAACUAUUUUUCAUUGAUCUCAUUAGAGAAGCAGAGAAAGCUGAACAGAAUAAGGGUGCAAACGUAGAGAGGAAACAUUUUUUUCCGAACGAUUUUCUUGAGAAAGAAAGGGACGCCAUUUCGAGGGAAAAGGCUGAACCUUCAACGAGUGAACAACGUGAAGCAACAUACUUUAUUGCGGACGUAGAAAGUCCGAGAAGUGAAAAAGCAGAAGUAUAUUUGGAGAUACAACCAGAGCCAGAAGUAAAAGAGUGGAGUGUGAAUUUAAAUAAAGAGAAACCAGUACUGCAAUUAAAGAAUGAUGCUAAGGACGAGAACACUGAGAAGAAAGUUGUCUUAUUCGAAGUUUAACUGAAAACGUUUUUCUAGUUACAUUAAAACUUUAUUUUUUAAUAAUAUAAGGAAUAUCGUUAAGUAUCGUAUAGUGAAUAGUGAUUAAAAUAAUUUAAUUAUGGAAAAAUGAAGAAAUCUGGGAUUCACAAAAAAUUGAGAAGUAAUUUUAAUU